CCGAAAAUUGAUUGCUCAUCAGAUAACGAUCAUGCAGGUCGGCCACGCUAAACUAAUCAACUGCUUGAUUAGUGAACAUGAAAGUGCCUAGGCACUUUCAGUAAAUGCGGGCAAUCCUGCUCUCAAGGAGUACUUCCGCGUCCACUUAUAAGUUUUCGACUCACCUUCAUAUUUAUAACCUAAACUCCGAGUCCUUGCCGUCAUCCUCUUGCAACAACAUUAUUCAUCAAGGUCGUUUCAAAAUAAGCACACUCAAACAAUACACAAUGCUGUCAGAUGACAAUUCCAGACAUCUUCUCUAUGUUUGUGCAGGCCUCAGUAUGUUCACAGCCUACAAGCAUACAUCUCUAGGCUUCAGUGAACUUUUCCCCAGAAUCGAUCGCGGACUUGGCUCUUCAGAGCCUCUGACGGCCUUCUCCGCAAAAAGCAAUUUCCUGCAGGUUGGCGCUUCUUGGGCUCUCAUUGGAAUCCUUCAGCUCAAAUGGGCCAAGUUUGGUUUAAAUAACGUCUACGAUAAGGCAAUUCUUGGAUGGUAUGGGGUCUAUUCUUUCGCGUCUGGAUUGGGGUACUUCUUGAAAGGCGUGUAUGUACCUCUGGUUCCUAUUUGGCUUAUCCCUGCACUCACUGUGCUAAGUCAAUUCUGAAAUGGGCGAUAAUGUUGGAAGUAAAGUUUUCCAGGAAGUAGUUAGAACUCGAAAAUCAUGAAAGAUACUCGUUUUAUUAUGCG